CAUAUGGGUUCCCAUAUUGAUUCCCAUAUUGGUUCCCAUUUUGGUUCCCAUUGGCUGCCAUAUUGGUUCCCAUAUUGGUUCCCAUAUUGGUUCCCAUAUUGGUUCCCAUUGGGCGCUAUAGUGGUUCCCAUAUGGGUUCCCAUAUUGGUUCCCAUAUUGGUUCCCAUAUUGGUUCCUAUUGGCUGCCAUAUUGGUUCCCAUAUUGUUUCCCCUAUUGGUUCCCAUAUUGGUUCCCAUUGGCUGCCAUAUCGGUUCCCAUAUUGGUUCCUAUUGGCUGCCAUAUUGGUUCCCAUUGGCUGCCAUAUUGGUUCCCAUAUUGGUUCCUAUUGGCUGCCAUAUUGGUUCCCAUAUUGGUUCCCAUAUUGGUUCCCAUUGGCUGCCAUAUUGGAUCCCAUAUUGGUUCCCAUUGGCUGCCAUAUUGGUUCCCAUAUUGGUUCCCAUUGCCUGCCAUAUUGGUUCCCAUAUUGGUUCCUAUCGGAUGCCAUAUUGGUUCUCAUAUGGGUUCCCUUAUUGGUUCCCAUAUUGGUUCCCAUUGGCUGCCAUAUUGGUUCCCAUUGGCUGCCAUAUUGGUUCCCAUAUUGGCUCCCACUGGGGUUCCCAUAUUGGUUCGCAUUGGGUGCCAUAUUGGUUCCCAUAUUGGCUCCCACUGGGGUUCCCAUAGUGGUUCCUAUUGGCUGCCAUAUUGUUUCCUUUAUUGGUUCCUUUAUUGGUUCCCUUACUGGUUCGUAUUGGCUGCCAUAUUGGUUCCCAUAUUGGAUCCCAUAUUGGUUCCCUUAUUGGUUCCCAUUGGCUGCCAUAUUGGUUCCCAUUGGGCGCCAUAUUGGUUUCCCUAUUAGUUCCCAUUGGCAGCCAUAUUAUUUCCCUUAUUGGUUCCCAUAUUGGCUCCCAUUCGGGGUCCCAUUCCAUUCCCACUCCGGAUCCCCACGCUGGGGUUCCCCCCACCCCCAAAGCUCUGACCCCACAACCACGACCCCGCCGUGCCCCACAG